UUUAGUUUUUCCAUGUUCUUUGUUUUAACUAAGACAAUAAGAUAAUAACUCACCUGGUUUUUUCUUCUACUUGUAAAUGAAGAGCCAAAAGCUUAGCUGCCAGGAGAUUGUUCAAUCAAGCCACGGGUUGGCAUAUAACUGCAGUCCGCAAUUUGGAAUUCAAUCACCAACGGGGGAUAGUUCACACUAUCAGAACUUUGGCCUUGAUCAAAUUGGAGUGCCAGAUUACCAUAUGGAUUUUCAAGCAGUAAAUCCAAGAUUUCCCAGCCAGAUUUACAAGAAUUGUGACCAGCAGACCACCAAUAGUCAUUCUUCAGGAGAUAGCUUCGGUAUUAUUGAUAUGUCAAGGCAUGUUGAUUCCAACGGCUAUGGCAAAAAUCACUACUUCAGCUCAUCUGAAAGAUCUUACGCAAUUCCAUGCUAUAAUGUUACAGAAAGGGAACGCCUUUCCCAGUUGAAAAGGAAGUUCCUGGAUUCAUCGGUUAAGGAGAACCUGACUGGUUCACAAUUUGUACACUGGAAUCAAUCACCUAGACCUCAUGGAUGUUCUGCUUCAGCAGGUAACUCUGUCUGCACAGAUUCUGCAGGUGCCAGCAAAACAAGAAUCCGGUGGACUCAAGAUCUUCACAAUCGUUUUGUUGAGUGCGUAAAACGUAUUGGUGGGGCAGAAAAAGCUACACCAAAGGCCAUACUCAAUCUGAUGGACUUGGAAGGAUUGACAAUAUUUCAUGUCAAAAGUCAUCUGCAAAAGUACCGAACAGCCAAGUAUAUGCCAGAAGCAAUAGAAGGGAAGUAUGAAAAAGGGGCAAGAAUGGCUGAUGUGUCACAAGCAGAUGCGAAAAAUGGUACUCAAAUUAGAGAGGCGUUGAAACUGCAGCUAGAUAUCCAGAGGCGUCUUCAUGAACAACUAGAGAUUCAAAGGAACCUGCAGCUACGGAUUGAAGAACAAGGGAAGCAACUUAAGAUUAUGUUUGAUCAGCAUGGAAGAUCAAAUGAAAGGGUCUAAUGAGAUACACAAUUCAAAUCAAGAUCAUGUAUAGAA